ACAAUUAAAAAAACACAUACAACAAUAAUAACAUUUAAAUUAAAAACUAAAAAAGGCUAAACAUUUCCCACACAUGUAUUGUUUUGAGUUAUUGGGGGAGGGUCUCGCAUGCAUUAUUUUCUAUGUAAAAGGAAAUAUGAAUAAGGCUGGUUAAUAGAAGCCAGAUUGAAAACGGUGUCUUCGCUCUGCUGUCGAUUGCUUCUGACUAGAAUGAGGCAGACUAGUAGUUGUGAAUCUGAUGUGGGACUUCCUGGUGUGGCACUGCUUUUCCCUGGAAUUAGGAAACAUCAUUUACCAGAAGUCUUCUCUCUGAACGGAUGUGUAAUCCAAUCAUCAGGUUUUUAAUAAAUUAACUCCAGCUGUGAUAUCUGACAGCGAUCGACAGAGAGAGGCUUCAUUUACGUCUACGUCAGGCUCAGCUGUGCUCUAGCCAUGUCCGCUUCGGCUGGAUGCUCCCCGGCGGGCCAGGGCUCGGGCCUCGGUCCCGGUAUGUCUAUGUUCCGCUGGUUAGAAGUACUGGAGAAGGAGUUUGACAAGGCCUUCGUGGAUGUGGAUCUACUGUUUGGAGAAAUAGAUCCCGAUCAAGUCGAUAUUACGUACGAGGGUCGGCAGAAGAUGACCAGUCUGAGCUCCUGUUUUGCUCAGCUGUGUCACAAAACCCAGACGGUGUUCCAACUCAACCAUAAACUAGAGGCUCAGCUGGUGGACCUGCGUUCUGAGCUUACGGAUGCUCAGUCUGAGCGGGUGGUGUUCGAGAGAGAGGUCCAUGACCAGCUUCUGCAGCUUCAUGCUCUCCAGCUGCAGCUUCAUGCCAAGCAAGGCCAGGCUGAGGAUUCUGACUCCAUCAAAGACAGACUGCAACAGGAGCUCGAGGCCAGCAAGAAAGAAAAAUUAGCAGAAGCAAGGCUGGACGCAGAAGUGAGACUAUUUAAAAAGGAAAAUGAGGCCCUCCGCAGGCACAUGGCAGUUCUUCAGGCUGAAGUGUAUGGAGCCAGACUGGCUGCCAAAUACUUGGACAAGGAACUGGCUGGCAGGGUGCAGCAGAUCCAGUUACUGGGUCGUGACAUGAAAGGGCCAGCACAUGACAAGCUGUGGAACCAACUGGAGGCAGAGAUUCACCUUCAUCGCCACAAGACUGUCAUCAGAGCAUGUAGGGGUCGCAAUGAUCCCAAGAAACCUCUUCCCUCACCUGUGGGACAUGACUCGGACAUGUUGAAGAAAACCCAGGGAGUAGGCCCUAUCAGAAAGGUGGUGCUAGUCAAAGAUGACCACGAGGGCUUGGGAAUCUCCAUUACAGGUGGGAAGGAGCACGGCGUUCCUAUUCUAAUUUCGGAGAUCCAUCCCAGCCAGCCCGCGGACAGAUGUGGAGGUUUGCAUGUCGGAGACGCCAUUCUUGCCGUCAAUAGCAUCAAUUUGCGUGAUGCCAAACACAAGGAGGCCGUCACCAUUCUGUCUCAGCAGGGAGGGCAGAUAGAGUUUGAGGUGGUGUACGUGGCUCCAGAGGUGGACAGCGAUGAUGAGAAUGUGGAGUAUGAAGAUGACAGCGGACAUCGCUACCGACUCUACCUGGAUGAACUGGAGGAUGGUAAUUCAGCACCACCUAGUGACAAUUCAGCAUCACUGCAGGCUCUGGAGAAGAUGACACUGAGCAACGGACCAGAGAACGGAGAUACCGGCAUCUCCCGUGAUACACCUUCAGAGGAAACCUCUUCGAAGCCCCCUGACACUGACUUUUCCUCCUAGAGUCUCAGAUAUUAGAAGAGAAAGCAAGAGGAUUGAUGGAAGAAUCCCCUUUCAAAGAACUGAAUCAAAGAAUUCUAUGACGAGCAGAAACAAUGCCCCUUUUUUCCCCUUUUUUCUCUUGGUAUUCUUUGCGUGUUGGGAUUUUUGGGGUUCGGCCUGGGCAUGUAGUAAUCAGUCCGUUAACAUGCACUGAAGUAACCAGGUUACAGUGAGCUUUCUCCUGCAGUCAGCUGAUUUCUUAACUGUCAUGUAAUGGAGAACUGCAAACAGGGUGUGGAAUGAAGGAAGCCUUUUUUUUCCCCAGUUAGAUUUCUCUGCUAUAUAUCUCGGCUGUGUAUACAUGUUACCAGUGUGCUAAUUGGCUUUUUUACAUGCAGCAUGCACGUGACAAAAGACUGCAAACGGGCACGGUUAACAGCAGAAUUACUGAAUGAAAGCAGAGGCCAUACAUGGAGCGACGCAUUCUCAUAUUUAAAAUAAUUCCAUCCAAAGAUCAACUCACACAAAGUAGCCUGUAGAGGUCUGAAGAAGAUGGUUCGUAAAUUCAGGCACAUUGCUCUGCCUGUCUUCACCUCUCACUUCGGAAUCAGUCAGCUCCGAAGCACGCACGCACACACACAUACAUACACACACAUACAUACACACACACACACACACACACACACACAAACAAAAGCCAGAAAGCAGAGUAUUCUAUCUAUAACUAAUACAUUUCAAAUCAGUAACUUGUUCCCCAUGUACCCUGGUUUCUCCCAAUAACCUGGUUACUGAAAUGAAUGAAAAAACGUAUGAAUGAAAGAAUUUAAUAUUAAGUUAUGAUACUAAUGGGUAUUGACGGAACAGCUGUAAGCUAGAAAAUGACAGGAGAAAGUAGAAGUCACCAAGCUGUGACUCAGGAAGGAAGAGGUUAUUCAUUAUUGAAACAUUCUUCCAGGAGCCACUUUAGAGACACCUAAAGAGUGUUUUGCUUCUAUUUGUAUAGUUAUCAUCUGGUCUUGGCAACACUAUGACAAGAUUACAGUAUAUUAUCCUACAGGGACUCUGAGAGAGACCAGGAUAAUAUCUUUAAGAGAAAAUGUAAUAAAAAAAAAAGAGCGGAGAAUUUUUUUAACUGAUGUGAUUAUUUUAGCAGCAAAGUGAAAGACUGUAUAUACACAUUCAAACCUUGUCGAAUAUCAAAUGCUUUGAAAGCUUGGCUAAUGUCACCAACGGACACAUUUCCUAACUUUUUUGAAACACUUAAUCUAAUCACAUCAAUACAUUUACCAAAAAAAGUUGAAAAUUGAGAAAAGACAGCAGUGGGUCAAAAUACUUCCAAUACCUGCUUCUGGCUCUAAAUUAAAAUGCUGAAUGUUUUCUAUAUGGUUAUAGUGUAUCAUAUAUACAUAAGUAUAUUUACUUUAUAAACCAACAAUCUUCUGUUUUUUUUGUUUUGUUUUCCCUCUUAUCCCACUGAGGAAUCUACAAUUAGAGGGCUUUUGGGUGAUGAAUCUACCCUUCUGGUGAGAUCUAGAGGGUCUCUCUGGCUGUGCCGAAACAGAAACGGAUAAAUCUAGCUGCUUCUCAGUUUGUCGGGGUUACCUUUGAGGAAGUUUUGUCAUCGAAGUCUGACAAAUACUGUUUCAAAGGCUCCUCCAAAUCCACAAUCCACAAUCUACAAUCCAGAACUGCGGCCUUCUUUUCUCCUAUAGAGCUCUUCAGUUACUGAAUCAAACCAUGAAGACUAUGCCAUAUGUCGAUUUUACACUGAUGCUUAUUUUCCCUCCGUUUCUUCCUUCUUCUUUUUUUUUUAAUGUGAACAAACAAAAAAAGCAUGUUACAUGAUCGAAUGCCUUACAUUGCACAUACUCUCCCAAGUUCUUGAGGACAGUGGCUAUGUAAGUCACAUGAACUCAAACCUCUGUCCUGAUAUCAUGUUCUAUUUAUUAGGUUGUGACUGUAGGGUAGUUGUUCCAGUGACCCCCCCCCCUCGUUUUCCCCCGCCGAAGCGUUUGAAUCUCGUUCCAUCACUGACAUGAAUUUGUUGGCGUGGUAUACUGUGUGUUGAUCAUACAGGGGUUGGGGGACAAUAACACUUGUAUUGCUUAACAAUCACCAAUACAAUCAUUUUUUGGAUAAUGGGGGUCUUUCUCAAUCUACACUAAUUGCUGUACACCAUCUUCUGUCAUUGUUUUGUUUUUUAAUUGUGUCAUAUGAAUUCUAUUGUAACACUUUGUGUGUUUUGUCAGGAUCACCUCACAGUAUAAUGCAGUAAAUACAACAAACUAUAUCAAUGAUUCUAAACUGGUGAGUCAGCUGAAUCCAACCCCCCCCCCCCCCCCCCCCCCCCCCUAACACAGAUCUCACCAAUGCACUGUUGCAAGGAUAUCGAUUUGAAUUUCUCUUGUUUGUGUUACUUUGCCCCCUCGAAGAAAAGACGAGUGAGUGCAACACUUUCUGACCUUCCAGCAUUUAUUUAUGUCUGAUUCUUUACUUGCUUUUUGUUCCUUCUGUUUUCUUCCUUGGUACUUUGUUUGUGUCUCUAAACUCUUCACAUAUACUGUGAUGUGUAUCUUUAUAGGUAAUGCAUUGAAGUUAAGCAAUUUCUUUAGCCUUUAAAUAAAGUUUUGUUCCAAUUUGA